CGGUGCAGUAGCGUAGACUGCAGCAGUGUCGUUCAGUGUCGUUUCACCAUCACGAUUCCUUUCGUUACGUUCUCGCUCUCACGAGCGAUUCUUCUGUAAGAUGAAUGUGAUCGCGAAGACGACGGGGCUGGCGCCGUUCCUGCGGGCGACGGCGACCGCUGUCUCCAACGGGGGCACGUCCGUGGCCGCUACCGGUAAAGUUUCCAAGCCGAAGGUUGCCGUACUCCCUGCCGUCAAACGUACCCUCGGACAGACCAUCUAUCAGGACCUUCUUACCGGAGCUACGUGCAUAAGCUCGGGAGUCUCAGUGACUACUCAUGUGCAUCAAAAGCGUCUGGCGCACACCGACGUCCAAUGGCCCGACUUCACAGAUUACCGCAGGGAGGAGGUGAAGGAUCCGACUGUACAGUCGAGCAAAAGCGCAGCGUCUCGCAAAGGUGCCACGUACCUCGUCGCUGCUGGUGCUUCGGUGGGUGGUGUUUAUGCUGCGAAGAUGAUAGUGCACGAGGCCGUCGGCAUUCUGAGUGCCUCCGCUGAUGUACUGGCAUUGUCAAAGAUCGAGGUGAAGCUUGACAGUAUUCCCGAGGGAAAGAGUGCCGUCUUCAAGUGGCGCGGCAAGCCGCUGUUCGUGCGACACAGGACCGAUUCGGAGAUCGCGAAAGAGUCCAAAGUGGACGUCACUAGCCUUCGCGACCCACAGGAGGACAGCGCCCGCGUGAAGGAUCCCAAGUGGCUGGUCAUCAUGGGUAUUUGCACGCAUCUGGGAUGCGUACCCAUCGCCAACGCGGGUGAUUUCGGCGGUUACUACUGCCCGUGCCAUGGUUCCCACUACGACGCCAGCGGUAGGAUCAGGAAAGGACCGGCGCCGCUUAAUCUCGAAGUGCCGCAGUACGAGUUCAUGGAAGGCAAUAUCCUCGUCGUUGGUUAAUGACUGUGCGAGACCUGUAGUCAAAUAAUAAAAAAAAACACAAGUUAUUUAUGGCACAGGAUGCUGUGUGCACGCGAGCGCGUAAGACUCGCUCUCGACGCGAACAACAACUAUAAACGCGUUUUGUAUAUUUCUUGAGAGACGUUGGGAACGUCGCGCGACCCUUGCAUCGUCGCGAGGACGCUUGAUCGAAUUUAGAAUAAAUGUUAAAACAAAAGUAACAUCUA